CUCAUCUCGCCCCAUCAUGGCACCCUCCACUGCACCGAAAUAAAGGUUUUCAUUGUAAUAGCAUCGUAACCCUUAACUCGCAUUCGCCAUUCGUCAUCGCGAAAAUCGAUCGCGGGAAGUUUGUAAUGCUGACGUAUUUUCUCUAAAAAUGCAGAUCGGAUCCAAUCGCGCCUCGGCGCGCUACAGCACGUAUAGCACAGCACCGUCGUUGGCUGCGACGGUACAGACGACCGACUCUGCACAGGCCGAGAUCCGCGACAUCGAGAGUGGGCUCGCGCGUAUGGAGAAUAAGGCCUUGUCGCAGCAGCGCGUCGUCCUGACCGAGGAGAAGUCGGCCAAUCUUAACAAGCUUGCACUCGGAGCGAAGCUUGAUCGUGCCCUCGACCGUCGCAUGACGAGCCAAGAUGCCGUCAUGAGGCCCAGGAACAAAAGCCUCAAUGAGAAGGGAGACCCGGAGAAGCAAGCAUAAAACAUAAAAACCUACGACAACCCAGACGAAGGAAGUAAUCGGAUGUAUGUAUCUACGGGAGGAAUUGAGAAACUAGAGAUGAUACCAUGCGGGAGCGACGACUCUAAGUUGAAGUCUUUUCUAUCUUCUCAUCGCCGUUGCUCUCCUUGAGCCAGCCAGUUCUUGUAUAAGUAGACCCCGAUGAGCGUAUAGGUCAUUUUUUCACAUCAUUGAAAGCUAGGUAGCCGUGUUGGUUCUUCUCUUACUACGGGAGUCAGAGCCAAGAUUCUAAGUCCGUUGGACGGGGCGAUGUUGGUCAGUUGGUCUUAAUCAGACGCGGAAGACAAGAUAUGUCGGGAUCUUUCUUACUUUUGCUCGUCACUAAGCGGCAUAUUGGAGGUCUGGAGUUCGU